UUUCAGCUUUUUGCACAAAGACCCAAGAACUCUCAGAUUGUUUGGUACCUGUUUUUUGGGCGGCUGAUGGCAGACGGGAGGCAGUUACACUAAAUCACUAAGUCACACAGUGGAUAAGUUUUAAAAAAAUGAUAUGACUUCCUGGAUGACCUCCAAGCCCAAAGCCCUAACGCCACACCUUAAUUCAUUGUGAAUUUUGUUCCUAGCCUUCUGUAUUCCUCAAUGUAAUUUCUAGGUAAUAGUAAAGAGAAUGGAGGCAAAACAGAAUCGUCCCUCCACCUCUGCCCAAUAAGUAGUAGGACUCAAAUGCAAAAAAAAAAAAGGAAGAUGUGUCCAGUCAACUCAAGCCUGUUGUAUUUUGCAAAGUUAAGCGUUCUAGGCCAGCAGAGUAACAUAUCUAAGUGAUAUCUUGUCUUUAAAAAAAAAAUGAAGUUCCGUAGAUACGAAUUCGGCCAAAUAACGUCGGCCCAACUCCAAGUCUCCUCAUAUCUUCUUGCACUACCAUUAAUGGGAUUGUUUCAGAAAUUGUACUCUACGUUCCUGAACUGCUAGAUAUAUUCUGCUGCUUACGAAUCCUGGUAUAGAGACUCGACAUCAAUUAGAAUUAAAUUUUAGACUAGCCCUCGGGGCCGCAGAGGUUGCUCAGUGGUUAAAGGCGCUUACUGCUUUUACAGAGAACCCCAGUUCAGCUCCCAGCACCUAUACUGUAGGAGAUUUGCAACUCUGGUCUUAGUGAGCACAUACAUUCAAAUGCUCGAACACACACAUAUAAAAAUAACAUAAAAUAACUGAGGGAGGGAAGCGACCCAAAACCGAAGGAGAGUCGGAACUUGCUAAAACACGUAGUUUCCUUGUCUGUUCCCACCCGGACUGAUUUUUCUGGCCUCAGGAAGUCGGGGGUUGUGUGAUUCCAGUCGCCGGAAGUGCUGUUUCUGGUUGGAUUUGUUCAACUUUUCCGCCGCGUGAUGGUGGCAACACCUUUGCUUCAAAUUCAGCUAUCCCACUGAGCUGUAAAAAUAUAUUAAUCAGAACUGCAUCUUCUGGAACAAGACUCUGAAUAGAGACCAGUAUGCUUCACUUCAUCCGGACAUUUUCUGGAGCCUCUUCAAAGAUGCUGAAGUACCCUUUUACAGUGAAACUCAGAACCAGCAGAAUAGAUAUACUUUCUCCUAAGACAUCUCCUCAGCAGAACCUUUUCCCUUUGCCUCCAAGGACUUGGCUUUCCCCAUCAUUUCAAGUGUGUAUGAAGAAGAUACAAUGCUAUCAUGCAUCACCAUGCAACUUUAAAAGACGACAGAAGGAAGCAGUCCUUCCCUCCAGGACACCAAGCACCAUCACUUACUUACCUGAUAGCCCAAAGCCAGCAUUAUAUAUAAGUCUUGCGGGGCUAAUCCCCUUUAUUGCUCCACCCCUCACCAUGGUCAUAACAAAGUCUUAUAUCCCCAUACUAGCUCUUACUCAGAUGGCUUAUGGAGCCAGUUUCCUAGCUUUCUUGGGAGGGGUCAGAUGGGGCUUUGCUCUGCCAGAAAGUAGUCCAGCCAAACCAGACUACAUUAAUUUAGCUAGUAGUAUGAGUCCGGUUGUAUUUUCAUGGCUAGCCAUCCUCUUUUCUGAAAGACUCAGUGAAGCCAUAGUCAUGGUAGUAAUAGGUUUAGGGAUAGCAUUACACAAUGAACUUUUCCUUUUGCCGCAUUAUCCCAACUGGUUCAAAGCCUUGAGGACAGUAAGUACUGUAGUGGCUUUUUGCUCAUUUGUAGUCACUUUAAUACUUAAAAGCAUUUAUCCAGAAAAAGGGACCAAGAAAUUUGGUUAAGUAGAAAUAUAAAACGGCUUUGCUGUGGAAUAGCCCUUAUGUACACUGUGAAGAUGUGUUGCUCUCAUUGUUAAUAAAGAGCUGAUUAGCCAAUGGCUAGGCAGGAUUUUCAGGACAGAGAGAAUGCUGGGGAGAAGGGUGGAGUUAGAGGAGACACCAAGAGACUCAGAGCCAGCAGGAAAGUAAAUACAUGAGGUAAAUGAGCCUCAGGGCAGCAUAUAGAUUAAUAGAAAUGGUUAGUUUAAGUUCUAAGAACUAGCUAAAAACAUGCUUAAGCUAUCAGCCGAGCAUUUAUAAUUAAUAUUAAGUCUCUGUGUGGUUAUUUGGGGAGUGGCUGGUGGGACUGAAAAGUAACUAAACUACUUUACUGAUAUUGCUACUUUGCUGUAAGUCUUGUAAACCUGCAUUUUUUUUCAAGAUUAAAAAAAAAUUUUCUUUUAAAGUUAUGUCAUGGGGAUAUGUGCACAGAAUACAGUGCCCAUAGAGGCCAGAAGAGGGUAUUGGAUUCCCUGGAGCUGGAGUAACAAGCAGUUCUGAGCCACUCAAGUGUCUGGGCUGGGAACUAAACUUGGGUCCAUAACAAUACAUGGUCUUGACCACUGAGCCCUCUACCUCUUGCUUGUAAAGUUGCAUUUUAGCAUCACACUUGGGUUCCUUGUUUGGCUCUUUUUUCCUCCAACUCUUGGGAAUUUAUUCUUCAGAAACAGAUUUUUUUUUCAUUUCUAAAAAUUAUUCCGUUUAGCCAAAAGAUGUUGGCCCAUGUGUUUAAUCCCAGCACUCAGGAGGCAAAAGCGGGUGUAUCUCUGAAUUCAAAGCCAGCUUGGUCUAUAGAGUGAGUUCCAGAGCUACACAGAGAAACCCUGUCUCGUGUCCCCCACCCACCCCACAAAAAAAAAUUAUUGUUUGUUUGUCUCACUAUGUAGCCCUGGCUGUCCUGGAACUCACAGAGAUCUGCUUGCCUCUGUCUCCCAAGUGCUGGGAUGUGGCUGCUGGCUCCAAAGUGUAGCACCUAGCCCUGAUCCUUCCUUUGUUUAACCAUGCCUUUUGUUUCUCUUAUGGCCCUAUGAAUCUUGUCUGAGAGUCAAGGAUCAGAGAGUCUCCCAAGGAUCAAAGGCCUAUGCAAAACUUGGUUCAGGAAACCAGAAAACCGUGGUAUCUGAGAAAUCAAGUAAUUUGCACUUGGCAUUUUAUCUCUGGGAGUUCCUUUUAGGUUGCUUUGAAGGUAUAGAAAUUAACUGGCAAAACUGUAAAUAGAGAGUACAUAAAACUGCCCUAGGUGAAGGGAUAGUGUUACAGUCCUUUGAGGUUGGAAUCCCUGCAGCUGCAUAAGGCUAACUUUAUUCUUAAGAUGCCUUUGAGUCUUCUUUCCCCUCCCCCAUCCGCAUGAACCCACAUAAUCUUGCUGCAACUACAGAGACACAGAUUCUUAAAUACUACUUGUAAGUAAUUCAUCUUGAAAAAUCUAACCCUUUAUUGUGUGAUAUGAGGUUAGUUUUCAUCAUCGUUUUGUGAAUUGUUAAGUCAUCUACUUAAACAUUUCAGUGUUUUGAUUAUAUUGAGAACAAUAAAGACAAGAUGAAAAUCUA